CCUCCAGCCUCAGUUUUUUAUAACCCUCUGUACAUGCGCACUCUGUACUUGGAUAGGUUGUAUUGGUCAUCCAUGGUUGGGACAGCACAUCACGUUCAGCUGCUCCCUGCUGGCUGCUUCAUGCUAAACAGAAAAGAAGAGAAAAGGGAAGAAGAGUUUGGCAAGGACGGUGACCGUGCAUGUGAGGAGGAGGAGGAGGAAAUGGUAUGCAGCACAGGCGGGGCUGUUCCUCCCUCUGUCCCGUAGCUGUUUUUAUUUACAGCAAAAACACAAGCCCGUUUCCAACCGGAACACCGGGCUCCGAGGCUCAUUUUGUGGAAGUCUCUCCACACGGUAUGCCCGAAAAAAGCUCCUAAACACGGGUUAACGAUGGCUUCGGUUCGGAUGGUCGGCAAAGUUACGGCGAGACUUUUGGGAAGUAUUCAGCCUCUUCACUGCAGUGUCAAAACUACGCGUCCUGUUACAUUUCUUCACAAGGUUCAACAGAGGUCGCCCCUGCUUGGAAAUAGCCCAGCGUUUUUCUACAGUACACUUGCUCCCUCCAGUGACUUGUCUUUGAAGUACAAACAUGGCCGUUUGGUUCUGGAGGUGCCAUUGCCCUCCAGAGAUGAGAUGUGUCUGUUCUUCCUCAGACCCAUGCUGAUGAGCGUGGGAGACCUGAUCUCAGAUCUGCAGAAAGAGGACCCCGGGGCCAAGGCAUCCAUUUUGUCCAAGGAUGGAGAGCGUGUAACCAACACCACGCUGAUAGACGCCCUGCUGGAUAAGGACUUCCAGCUCGUCAUCAAUGAUGCCGUUUAUAAUGUCGUCUCUCCUGAAAAGGUGGCUACCAGUGAGCAAGCCAUGGAGAUGGAUGACAUGAAGCAUGUCGUGCAUCUGCUGCACACGGCACUCCACAUGCCUGAACACCACCUGCUGAAGGAGAGGCAGCUGCUGGAGAGACAGGAUGUCCUCAAACAGGAGCUGUCCCCCCUGGAGGAGAUGAAAGCUCAGCUGUCCCGGUCCGCAAACUUCCACAGCGCCAGGGUGGUGUGGACCGGCCUGGCCCUGCUGUCUGUGCAGGGCGGGGCUCUGGCCUGGCUCACGUGGUGGGUUUACUCAUGGGACGUCAUGGAGCCCGUCACGUAUUUCAUCACCUACGCCACCAGCAUCGGAGCCUUCUCCUAUUAUGUCCUUACCAAACAGGAUUAUUUAUACCCAGACGUUAAAGACAGACAGUUCCUGCAUUCCUUUUAUAAGGGGGCCGGCAGGAAGAAAUUCAACGUGGGAAAAUACAAUGAACUGAAGGAUGAGCUGGCUGAGGUGGAGGAGGACCUGAGACGUCUGAGAAAUCCGACUCAAUUUCACUUUCCACUCGAACAGAUCCAGCCGAGGCCAUGAACGAAGCCAGGCCAUGAACAACGGUCACACUCAAACACUCCAGAGCAAAAACAAAUAUUCUGCUUUAUUUUGAUAAUGGUGCCUUUUUACCAGGAAUCCAUGUCAUUCUGUGUUUUCUUUACAGUCUUGAUAAUGAUGCCAAUUAUGUCUUUGAGAAAAUGCCAAACACUGACGACUAUUGAAUUAAAAAUAAUUGCCCGAACAUCA